ACUUAACAAAAAAAAAAAAGGUGUGAAGCCUGUUUUCCAAAGCGAUUGUUCACAGCCGGCAUGCGAGAUCCAUGCGCGCAGAUGGACACGACCUCAGGUGAGGUGGCCCUCGUGUCCUCUCGACGGCCAGUUCCUUUGUGUUGUGCCCGAUGAAACCCCGUUGCUCAGCGUGACUCUAUCUUGUGCUUCGCACGUGUCAGCUCGCCUGCACACGCGUCGCAGUGUCAGUCUCCGUGUGCCGCGUCAACCUCGACCGAUCCAAGCCUAGCCGCUUUAGCGGCAACAUUUAAAGCGUGCGUCGCCAUGAUCGCCGUCCGAUCAGUGAAGAUUGAAGAAGACGUACUGCGCGAAGCCACUCGCACUCCCAGCACCACCCUACCACAGCAAGCUCCACGAACGUACUAGUCCUACUCCUAAUCCAGCUUGCCCCGCGCGUCCUUGAUCGCAAUGGCGUCGCAGCAACAGAACCGGAAGGACACCACGUCGAAGCAAGACGAACGCCACGACCUUGACCUGAAGGAGAUCGGCAAGUACCGCGCGGAGGCGCAGCAGAACUCCACCGACGCCAUCCGUGCCGCCCAGGAGCGGUACAACGAGGCCAACAGGAAGCUGCAGGCGGGCGGCGGCGCGGCGCACGGCGCCAAGGGUGGAACCGUGACGGUGACCCAGGCUCCCGGCGUCACGGCGGUGGUCUCUUGCCAGGAGAGCAAGAACCAUCCUUCCAAGCAGGAGACGAGCCCUGCCGCGGCGCACGGGCAAGGCGCCACGACGGCGUCAUCUCGGGGUACACAGAAGCAGCACGCCACGAAGCAGAAGGAGAGUCGCGGGCAUGAGACCUCUGGCCACGAUGAGGCCGGGAGGCACCGCGGCGAGGAGCAGAAGAGCUCGGCGGACGCCCACGCCGGCAGCCACGACAUGGUCAAAGAGCGCGGCUCGACCGGCGUCAAGGACACUGCCACGCAGACGCUUGGCUCCGCGGGUGACCAGGCUGCCGCCAAGGGCGAGCAAGCCAAGGACGUCGCCGCGCGCGGCGCGGGGCUCACGGCGGAGAAGACGAAGGAGGCCACGGGCACCGCGGCGGAGUACGCGAAGCAGACCGCCGCGAAGACCAAGGAGGUCACGCUCGCCGCGGGCGGGACGGCUGCGGAGUACGCGAAGCAGGCCGCGGUGAAGGCCAAGGACGUCACGGCGAGCACCGGCGGGUCCGGCGGGACGGCCGCGGAGUACGCCAAGACGGCCGCCGAGAAGGCGAGGGAGGCGGCGCUGGCGGCCGGCAAGACGACGGCCGGGUACACGCAGCAGGCGGCGGUGAAGGGCAAGGACGUGACGCUCUCCACCGGCCAGACGGCCGCCGAGUACGCCAAGACGGCGGCCGAGAAGGCGAAGGACGCCGCGCUGGCUGCGGGGAAGACGACGGCCGGGUACACGCAGCAGGCGGCCGUGAAGGCCAAGGACGUGACGCUGUCCACCGGCGCGCAGGUGGCGCAGAAGGCGAAGGAGGUGACCGCGGACACGGCGCAGAAGGUGGCGGUGUACGCCAAGGAGACGGCGGAGCAAGGGAAGGCCGCCGCUGCCAGGGCCGAGGAGAAGGCGCAGGAGGCCGCGGCCCGCGUCGCGGACAAGGCGGAGGAGCCAGGCUUUGACACAAGCGUGCAGGCUAAGGGGUCGUCUGUGAAGGACGCAACCGGUUCCAUGGCGCAGAAGGCCAGUGACAGGGCUGCGUACAUGAAGGAGUCGGUGAAGGACGCGGCAGGAGGCACGGCGGAGAAGACACGCGACAUGACUGCACAAACCAAGGGCAGGGCCGAGGACACAACCGGAGACAUGAGGGAUAGGACAGGAGGCGUGACUGCCCAGGUGAAGGACUCGGCCGGAGCCAUGGCGCAGAAGGUCAGUGACACGGCUGCGUACAUCAAGGACUCGGUGACGGGCGCAGCUGGACGCACGGUGGAGAAGUCCAGGGACGUUGGGUCGCAGGCAGGGGAGGCAAAGAACAGAGCGGUGGAGACCGGCAAGAACGCCACCACCGGCGGCGGCGCGUCGGAGACGGCCAAGGCAAAGGCUGAAGGUACCGAAGAAGACACGACGAUAGUGGGCGACGUCCUGGAGGCGGUGGGCGCGACCGUGUACGGGAUAGCCAAGCACACCAAGGGGAUCGUCGCCGGUGAAGAGGAGCUCAUCCCCGUCAAGGGAGGAGAUCAGGCGGCCAAGAUGGAAGGCAGGGACAAGUCUGAUUAAGCGGAUCCACACGGUUGGCACGUUGCACUUUGUCUAGAUACGUUGCUACAUGAAGUAUGUUAGUAGUGUAUAGGGAGUGUUAGCUUGGGUUGAAUAAUGUUCGCGUGUGAUCUUUUACGUGAAGUAAGCAGGACUGCAGGACUACGUUAAUCGCGUGAAAGAAUCAGCUCUUCUUUGUAUUAUGUAGUACGGAGUACUAGUGGAAUGCGAAUCAGCUAUUAUGUAGUACUAGUGGAAUGCCCCUGAGUUGCCAUGAGCUACAAACUCUUUCUGUCAUCCUACAUUUCUCUGUGCAAAUCCAACUAUAGUAAAAUAAAGUAAAGACAUUUUAUUUAGGUUA